UGUCAACGUCCAGCAUUCAGUCAACGACCUGAAGUCAGUCAACAACCCGAACACCCAAAUUCCGUCAACAACCCGAAUUCUGUCAUCAAUGACUCGAAUUCAGUCAGGCUCCCCGACUCUCACAUUUCUUCUCUUUUCUAGAACGGCGAGCGACGACGAACGUGGUCAAACGCCAGAUCAACAACUGCACGCCGUCUCCCGACGCCGCGACGCCGGGCGACCAAAUCGACAACGACUGCGAUGGCAUGGUCGACGAGGAACGCGCCAACGGCCGAGACGACGACAACGACGGCCUCAUCGACGAGGACCUCUUCUCCUACCCUCCGACCAUCGACUCUCCUGUCUACAAUCGCACAGUCGGAUGCGCCAGCAGUCUCGAUGUGAGAGCAUCUCAGCAGCCGCUUAUCCGGGCUCUUGAUCCGUGCCAGUUUGAACCGGUGGAUGUCACUCAUAGUGAUGUGAUUGAAGAUGUUGGGUGUGGUAAUCUGUAUGUGCUGCGGAGAGUGUGGAGAGCAGUUGAUGUGUGUGGGAAUGAGGUUGGCGACGUGCAGUUUCUGUUGGACGUUUGUGAUGAGAGAGUGAGGCGAGUGGUGGAUGGGAAUGAUUCGGUGUGUGAGUUUGGGACGUGUGAUGCGUUGAAGGAAGAUGCAAGAUGCUUUUACUUUACUGACGGAUGUCGUGACCGUCCCACAAACUUAGUACUCGUUCUCGAUGUCUCCCAAUCAAUGUUCAACAUGGAUUGCGAUUUCGCUCACAACUUCCUCAAGAACCUCGUCAAACGUUUCGUAAUCGGACCAUCAGCCGUACAAGUGGCUGGUGUGACAUUCACAGACAAAGUUCACUAUGAAUUCGACUUCAAGACUUCGGUUGACGAUCUGCUGAUGGAGAUUGACAAGAUGGCGUGUGUUAAGGGUCAGACAAUGAUCAGCACAGGAUUGAAGAAGGCGGAGAGUUUUCUUGAGAAUUCACGACGACCGAUGGCAGACAAUGUUGUGCUGUUGCUCUCGGAUGGAAACACACAAGAGAGUGACUAUUCGGAGACGAUUGAUAUAGUUGAGGAUUUACGUGACUAUAGCAAUGCAGACAUAUUUACCUUUGGCAUGGGAAUGGUCAAUGAUGUCGUUCUAAACAUGAUAGCCAGUCCUCCAUUGAGCAGACACAAGAUAGACGUCGUACACUACAACUUACUCAAUUAUUAUCUUGGACAACUGUUAGGCUGGAUUUGCAGUACUCCUGUGGACUGCGUUGUUUUUUCGUGGGAGAACUCUGGAGAUUGUUCCAUCACAUGUGGUGGCAUUGGAGAAAUUGACCAGAUACGAAGAGUGAGAGUGAAGCCGUCUAAUGGAGGGUUGGAGUGUCCAGAACUGACCAGAACUGUGCAGUGUGUACAACCACCUUGCUCUGGUGUUGUCUCUUGUCAAGUGUCUCAGUGGACCCCUUGGACUGAUUGCGUGGGAAUAUGCGAUAUGGCUGGAGAAAGGUGGAGAAUGCGUUUGAAGUUGGUGGAGCCGACAGCUGGUGGAAAUCAAUGCCCGUCUUUGCGUGAGGCCGUAAGCUGUGAUCCAGGACCAUGUGUUCAGGACUGUGAGGUGUCUGUGUGGAGUGAGUGGCAUUGUGAAGUGCCAUGUGGAGUUGGUCAGCAGACGAGGAACAGAAACGUGACAAAAAAACCUUUCAAUGGUGGCGUGGACUGCCCACAUCUCAGAGAAGAGGAGACGUGCAAUCCUGGUCCUUGUGUGGCUGUAGACUGUGAGGUGUCCCAGUGGAGCGAGUGGGAGUGCAAUGUCAACUGCUCAGUCGGCCAACAAACAAGACAACGCCAAAUCGUCACAAAACCAUCCAACAGCGGACAAGACUGUCCACGUCUUCGUGAGACAAGCAAGUGCGAUGCCGGUCCGUGUCCCAUUGACUGUGAAGUCUCACAGUGGAGCAACUGGACCGAAUGCAAUACAAAAUGCUUGACUGGCGAUCGGUCGAGAUUUCGUGUGAUAUUAAGGAAACCGUCAAACGGCGGAAUCGAGUGUCCACCUCUUCUAUUUGAGAGAGAAACAUGCGACGCAGGCCCAUGCCCAGUCGAUUGUGUGACAUCAGACUGGAGCCAAUGGAGCGAGUGUAACACAACAUGCGGACACGGAUGGCAACAGAGGUCACGAAAUGUUACGAAACGUGCUGUUCACGGUGGGCAAUCGUGCGGCAAUGUGGACGAGACGCGUUCGUGUAACCGUAGCUGCUCGAUCGAUUGCAAAGUGACGACGUGGAGCAACUGGUCGGAUUGUGACGUCACGUGCGGAUCGGGUUACAGGUCACGUGACCGGGUGGUCAUCACCAAGCCGAGCGACGGAGGAAAGGAAUGUUCCAUUCUCCUUCAAAUGGGAAUCUGCAAUGUGGGAGUGUGUGGCAUUGAUUGUGUUGUCUCGUUGUGGAGUAGCUGGUCGGAGUGUGAUAACACGUGUGGGCGUGGUAACCAGUCACGUGGUCGGGAGAUCACGACGGUCAACGUGGGAGCAGGGAGUGAAUGUCCAGUGCUGAUUGACACGCGUGUGUGCAACGGAUCUCGAUGUCCUAUCGAUUGUAUAGUCGGUCUGUAUGCUGCAGUGGGCGAGUGCUCGGCGUCUUGCGGUGGCGGGAUGCAGAGAUACACAAGGACAAUAACGACGAAGCCGCAGAACGGGGGAACAGCGUGUCCGACACUCGAGAAACACGAGGAAUGCAAUACGUUUCUGUGCGCCGGUUCGUGUAGCAGCCGGAUGAACUUACUGUUUCUCAUCGACGUUUCGGGCUCGAUCAGCAUGGACGACUGUAUGUUCGCUCAGGAUUACAUGCGAUCGGUGACGCUCGAGGUCGAGAUCGGUGACAACUUCGUUCACGUCGGAGCCAUGACGUUCAACGGAGCGAUCGAGUACUCGUUUCCCUUCCUUUCUGAUCGAGAGAGAGUCGACGAGGGCUUCUCAAUGUUGAGAUGCACAGGCGGAUGGACGUCCAUAUCGACGGCGUUCGCAACUGCUAACGACGUAUUCAUGACGUCAUCAAAACCGGAAGUUGAACGGAACGUAUUGGUGUUGAUAUCGGAUGGAAGAGACUCGAAUGAAGACGAAGUCCGAGUGGCCGCCGACGAUUUGAAAAGCGUGGGAGUCGAGACGUUCGUCGUCGGGGUGGGAAACUACGAAGGAUACGAAGACUUACUGACAUACGUCGCAAGCGAACCGAGCGACCGACAUCUCAUUUUCUCGUCCGACUACAGAGUGUUGAGCCGAUACGUCAACACGCUGGUCGGCUACAUGUGCAACGUGUCGAUCGACUGCGUCCUCUCCGAGUGGCGAAACGCGACGGAAUGCUCAACGACGUGCGACGUCGGGCGACUAACCCAACAACGUGACGUCAUCAUCAAACCAUCGAGCGGCGGGAAAAAAUGCUCCGAACAAACGAGGGACAUCGAGUGCGUGAUGCAUCCGUGUGUGAACUCACGGUGUGUGAAAGACGUCGUGAUUAUCCUCGAUUAUUCGUCGAGUAUAAUGCCCGACGUGUUUCGCAACGAGGUCAUCAGGUUUACAUUCGAUUUGGUGUUGUCGUUCCCGAUCGGCGACGACGACGUCCUCGUGUCUAUCGUUCUAUUCAACGGCGACGCGACGACCGACAUCACGUUCGAUGGGUAUGAGACGAAACACGAGCUUCUGGAUCGAAUUGAGAGACUUGAGUAUCGCAGUGGAUUCACUAACAUUCCGUCUGCGAUGUUUCACACGAUUCAGACGAUUCUGUUGGCACCGACGGGUCAUCGGAGUUACGCGCCGGAUUAUGUCGUCAUGGUGACCGACGGUCUCACCGAUUCGUUGUUCUAUCUUCCGUAUUUGUCUGUGUGGAUGAAGAGUGUGACUGAGAAGGUGAUCGUUGUGGGGAUUGUUGAUUUGGAGAAGCCGUCGGGUGUUGCGUUGGCCGUGUUUGGUUGGGUGGCGUCUGGAGAGGAGUAUGUGCAUGUCGUGGAGGCGGAGAGAGUGAGGGAGAUGGGAGAUGUUGUUUCGAGGCAGAUAUGUCCGGCGGUGAUGUCGGUUGUGAUCGUGAAUGGCAAUUGACUCACAAAGUUGACUCUUGAUGUCAGACGUAUAUGAUGGCAACACGUGACUCGGGUGACAUUUACUGUACUUUGUGUGUAUAUUAGUUAGCAUUAUGAUAGAGACAGAAAGUCACAGCAUUGCACUGAAAUGCAAACAGAUGGUUAGAUGAUAGUUAAUAUCAGUCAGAGUAUUAGAAUUUGCAGCAAACUUUUUGUGUGCACGUGGAUGGUGUUUGGGUUGUGGACAGUUACUUGUGAUCUCUGUAAUCACUUUCUGCCUGCUUGUCUGUCUGUCUGUCUGUUUGUCUGUCUGUCUGUCUGUCUGUUUGUCAAUUGUGUGUAUGUGUGUGUGUCCAUCUAUCUGUCUGUCAGU